CUCCCGCCGAACAGCCCCCCCGCCAUGUUCACCCGAUCAGCGUGCUUGGCCGCCGUUGCCGCCUCUGCCGCCGCCUUCCAGCCCACCCUCCGUUCUGGAGCUCCUGCUAAGGUGAACCAGCGUGCCACAUGCGCGGUCUCCAUGUCUGCGCAGAGCAACGUCAAGGUGGCCGCGGCUGGAUUGGCUGCCCUCCCCUUGAUCAUUGGAGGAGCCGACGCUGCCAACGCCUUGACCAGCAAGGACAUCAACAACCUCACCUACGAGGAGGUCAAGGGAACUGGUAUCGCCAACCGCUGCCCUGAGGUCGAGUCCAACGGAGAGGAUAUCGUGCUCCAACAGAACACCAAGUACAAGAUCACUGACCUCUGCAUUGAGCCCAAGUCCUUCCAGAUCGAGACCGAGGUGCAGAAGAAGCGUGGCGAGAGCCGCAGAGAGUUUGUUGACACCAAGCUCGUGACCCGUGCCACCUACUCCCUUGCCGGUGUCGAGGGGCCCCUCUUCUACGACAAGGACGGCUCCCUCACCUUCCAGGAGAAGGAGGGUCUCGACUACGCCGCCACCACCGUCCAGCUUCCUGGAGGCGAGCGUGUUCCCUUCUUCUUCACCAUCAAGGAGCUCGUCGCCAAGGCCACCGCCCCCAAGGGUAUCUCCCCCGGAACCGAGUUCGGCGGAACCUUCACCGUCCCUUCCUACCGCUCCGGUCUCUUCCUUGACCCCAAGGGACGUGGUGCCACCACUGGAUACGACAUGGCCCAGGCUCUUCCUGCCUUUGAGGCUGAUGGCAACGAGGGACAGGCUGAGCUCUUCAAGGAGAACAACAAGGUCUUCCAGGUCACUGACGGAAGCAUGGAGUUCGCGGUCAACAAGGUUGAUGGGCAGACGGGAGAGUUCUCUGGCGUGUUCGUCUCUGAGCAGCUGUCUGACACUGAUAUGGGAUCCAAGGCUCCCAAGAAGGUCUUGAUUAAGGGCAUCGUGUAUGGCAAGGUCUCCACUGCUUCCGGAGAUGAGGGAUACUAGACUGUUUUAAGUUCUGAAAACAACAUGUACAAACAAAACAAACUUUGAAACGUG